UCUUCACCCAUAGAGUGGUGAGCUUGUGGAAUUCUCUGCCACAGAAUGCUGUUGAGCCCAAAACAUUGAAUGUUUUCAAGAAGGAGUUAGAUAUAAUUCUUCAAACUAAAGGGAUCAAAGGGAAUGAGGAGUAAACAGGAACAGGGUAAUGAGUUGAUGAUCAUCCAUAAUCAUAUUGAAUAGUCAUGAAGGCUUGAAGUACUGAAUGGUCUACAACUGCUCCUACAUCCUAUGGUUCUGUGUCUAUGCUACACUCCCUUCAAGGUCAAUAUAUCCUUUGAGGUAUGGCACCCAGUCUGCUAGGAUAACUCCAGAUGUGGUCUGAGCACGGCUUUGUACAACUGAACCUCAAGAAUCUUUCCUGAACUAAGUCUAUAAGUUGCAUCCAUAGCUGUUGAUUUGAGGAAUUUCAGAACUCCUCUUUCCAUGGGUAUUUGAGAAAUAACUACUUUUUUCAGAUUUUCCAGAUUUCACUUUACAUUUUUACCUCGAGCACAGAUUCUAAUUUAAGAAAAAAGCUAGCUAAGAGCAUCUUCUGAAUUGUUUCUGAUUGUCUGGCCAAGACCAUUUCCUUCUCUUGAUAGAUUAUGGACGAGAUAAAGGCUGGGAUACAGUAUGCCUUUCAAACCACAAGCAGCAUGACUCUGGCAAUCAGUGGCUCUGGCCACGCAGCGAUGGAAGCAGCCUUUUUUAAUGUGGUGGAACCAGGGGACGUGGUGCUGAUUGGAAUUCAUGGUGUGUGGGGUGAAAGGGCAGCGGACAUCGCUGAGCGAAUCGGUGGCGAUGUCAGGAGAUUUGUAAAACCUCCAGGGGAAAUGUUCACCUUGCAAGAAAUCGAGCAGGCUCUGGUGCAGCACAAGCCCAUUUUGUUUUUCAUCACGCACGGUGAGUCCUCCUCGGGCGUAGUUCAAGAAAUGGAUGGGAUAGGACCUCUCUGUCAUAAGCAUAACUGUUUGCUACUGGUUGAUUGUGUUGCCUCUCUUGGAGGGGCCCCUCUCUACAUGGAUAAGCAGGAUAUUGACAUCCUUUACUCGGGUUCCCAGAAAGUCCUCAACUGUCCUCCUGGAACUGCACCACUCUCAUUUAAUGACAAAGCCUGCCAGAAAAUAUUUAAUCGGAGGAAGAAACCUGUUUCUCUGUACCUCGAUAUGAGUUGGCUCUCAAACCUCUGGGGCUGUGACGGGAGCCCGAGAAAAUACCAUCAUACGACCCCCAUCACGGGCCUUUUUGCAUUGAGAGAGGCACUUGCAAUUCUUGCAGAACAGGGUCUUGAAGAAAACUGGAAGCUUCACCAGGAGAAUGCCGAGUACCUGCACAAAGGGAUAGAGGACUUGGGAUUAAAACUCUUUGUGAAGGACAAGGCUAUUAGACUGCCCACAGUUACGACAAUUGCAGUACCAGAAGGCUAUGAGUGGAAAGACAUCACUGAUUUCAUCAUGAAGAAAUAUCAGAUUGAAAUCACUGGGGGUCUGGGGCCUACUAUUGGAAAGGUUUUGCGGAUUGGAUUAAUGGGCAUCAACUGUACAAAAGCUAAUGCGGACCUUGUGCUUGGAGCUCUGAAGGAUGCCCUUGAGCAGUGCAAGAAAAGCAAGCACUGAGCCAAGGCUGGAGGCAUUGAAUGGUUCCAGGAUCUAACAACCAGCUGACUGAACAGGAAACAAAUCCUUGAAUAACAAAACUUGAAUUACUUUGUCUUUACUAUAAUAAAUCAGAACAUACUUCCAACUGUACCAAAUCCUAGCAAUUAGAAAAUGAAACUUAAAAAGCCAGAUGUUUCUUUUACUUUGUGAUAUCUAUUACCAUAUAAUUGCAAAGGAUCUAUUUCAUAAUAUUGAGGAGCACCAUUAAAUUCAAUCUUAUCUGAAUCUGCAACAAAAUAUUUUGGAAGCUGGUGUGUGUUUAAACAUUGUCCUAGCCUCAGCCACCAAUCUUCAUUCUCUGUGUGGCUUGGGAAAUUAGCAAAGGACUUCAUUUUUCUGUUUACCUCAGCUUUAGCAAAGUCCCCUGAUAGGUUUGGGUGUCAGAGCAUGAGGGUGAGAAAUGGAUUUGGGCUGUGGGUCAUAAUUAUCUACUUUCAUUACUGCACAAUGACAUAAAUCAAGCAAUAAACAAAUUAAAUGUCAAAAUCGCACCCUUCCAAUCAGGUUAGUGAAGUCACUGCAGUUAUGUGACUGAAACGGGAAGGGGGCUCUAUUGUAGAGACUGCUUUUUGGAUACUCUGAAAAAUUGAGGUAUUACAGAGCUGGGAGACCUCAAUAUAUGAACUAUAACAAGUGUGUUGUAUGAAUUUAAUACAUUACAGUGUAAAAUUCAAUGGAUCAUAUUCAGAUAUCUACUGAAUAAACAAAUUUUCAGUGCUA